AUGCAGUUCUAUCACGAGAUCAAAUUUUACCGGAGACUGGACGACUACCCUAUUCUAAUCCGUGAAGGAAUCAUCAUUCCUAUAGAUGCUGGCCCGGCUCCCGGAAACGGUUGCUUCGAUGUGGACGCGUCCGAGUUUCUUGUUUUAAUCGGCAAUGGUGCUAAAGCCAUUGUUUCAGAAGAUGUUGGAGACUACACGCCCAAUUCGAUGGCAGGCAACUUGCAACGGAAAUCCGUUGUCCACUUCAACCAGGCUGAAGGAACGCUGACUGCCGAGCCAAUCGACCGGCCCAUGAAAUUCCGUUUUUUGUCAUUGACAUCCAUUCCGGAUGACUUGAGAAUUUACUGUGACAGCAUCGACCGGACGAAGGAGGUUAAAAGGACCGUCGAAGAGGGCUGCCAGGUCCCUGGUCUCAUCAUUGUAUAA